GUGGCACUAUCAUACUUGACUUAAGAUUUUUGAGCGAUGUAAUUAAUCUGAUUAAAAUGAAUAUAAUAAAUUGACAGUUUUAGACAAACUAUCGAAUGUCCUAAACAUAGCGAAUCGCCCAUAUCGAUUUUCAAUAUCGUUUUUCCCGAUCUUAAAUUAAUUGCACUUCAAAACUCUAAAGUCCGAUGAUAUGCAUCUCUAAAGGGUAGAAAAAUAAAACAUAGAUCACACGUUCUGAGCAAAUAUUUUGCAAGGAAUGUUAUUUCUCUUCGAUUGAUUGACAUGUUACCCUUUGCUUUUUCUUAAACCUCCAUAGAGAAAAAGACGUGCGAGAGACGCUGUUUACUUUUUGCUCCAACAAGUUACUCCAGUUAAGACCUGAACAGAAAGACAGAAGUUUUCCAGUCAUAAGACGAAAGCUAGGUGACAGGUACAAGAAUUGUUAUUGGUAAAGGAAAGGAUCUCUGAUAGAGUUUCAGCUCACCUUUAAAAAAAAAUGAAUAUAUCCUUUACGCAAGUUAAGUUGCUUUCACUUUGUGAAAACAAAACUAACGUUGUAAUAUCAGCGUCAAGAAACGCCAUGAUUUUGUUUUUAUUCUAGAUGACAUCUACAUUUUACAAUAAUUUGUUAAUAUCAUCCAUUUUUCCUCAUAAAACUGAAAAAUGUUCAAUCAUUUCACCACCAACUAAACGUCAUAGUUUUCUGAAUGGACUUGCUUUGUUACUUAAUGGCUCAAACCAGUGUACAUCCGUGUAUCCAUGGUUCGAGAAAAAACAAAUAUUAAUAGCGCGUAAUGAAUCAAUAACAAAUGACGAUGAAAACUAUUUUGAUUGCUGUUUUGGUUUAAUACGAAUAUAUUCACGUUUUUGUUUAACGUUAGAUGAAGAAGGCAUGUCUGAUACGUAUUCAAUACUAAAACAGACUAUAUUUCAAUAUAACAAGGACAAAUGUAUCAAACGUAUAUUGAAUCCAUUGUUUAAUGAUGCUCUUUCAAAUUUUGAAAAAUUACCUAAUUAUGAUACCGAUAAAAUAUGUGAAAAUAUUAGUAUUGAAAAACAAAAAAAAGGUUCGGCUGAUUAUUAUUAUUUAACAGAAAAAAGUAUGCCUUUAAAAGGAUAUAUUUUAGUAUUAUUCAGCUGGAUAAAGGACA